GUUGCAAUGAACUCAACUCUGGUGAUUCUACUUCUUUCGACCCUGGCUUUGGUGCAGGCGAGGAAUAUUCGUUGGUCUGAGGAGGACAACUCGUCCCAAGAUCCAAGUGUAAGCCAUUCUCAUCCGCACUCCGUCAACUGGCCCUGUGAUGUGGGUCACUUCCCAGAGGCCUUCGUUCUAAUGCACAAGGUGGAUAAGCGACUAGAACGAAUUGACAACGAGAGUACCAAGAAGCGGAUCGAGAACUACGCCGUCAAUCAGUUGAGGCAGUGCAUCUUGGAUGGCCAGAUGGACGUGCACUGCGUGCGGCGUUCGAUUGGAUUCACCAUGUCAUUCAUUCAUCACCAAAUGAGCCAGGCCUAUGCAAUGUAAGCUCACGACUUGGUGAUCAGUUGAUCAGUUGAUAUAAUUUAAGGACAUUCCUUUUUUGCAAAAUCAGUUUUAUUAAUCAAAUUCUCUCAAACCAACUAAUUGCUUACAAAUUAUCAAAAUAAAUUAAGCUUAAAUAAUAAUUAA